GACUCAGAUGUCAAUCAGGGAUUAUCCGUGUUUGGGUCGUGUCGAGGCCGGUGGCGGAGCAGAAGAUGGGACUACCCGCUCUGGAGUUCAGUGACUGCUACCUGGACAGCCCGCAGUUCAGAGAGAGACUCAAGUCUCACGAACUAGAGCUGGACAAAACCAAUAAGUUUAUCAAGGAGCUGAUUAAAGACGGCAAGGCGCUGAUCCAGGCUUUGAAAAGUCUGUCAACAGCCAAGAGAAAGUUUGCUGACUCUCUCAAUGAUUUCAAAUUCCAGUGUAUUGGAGACGCUGAGACGGACGAUGAGAUAUGCAUAGCCAAGUCACUUCAGGAGUUUGCAGCCGUCCUACAAAAUCUUGAGGAUGAAAGAACACGGAUGAUCGAUAAUGCCAAUGAUGUGUUGAUCAUGCCUUUGGAGCGGUUUAGGAAAGAGCAGAUCAGUGCAGCAAAGGAAGCUAAGAAAAAAUAUGACAAAGAGACAGAAAAAUAUUGUGCAGUACUGGAGAAGCACCUCAGCCUUUCAGCAAAGAAGAAGGAGUCUCAUCUGCAUGAGGCAGACAACCAGGUUGACAAUGUGAGGCAGCAUUUCUACGAGGUUUCCCUGGAGUACGUCUUCAAAGUGCAGGAGGUCCAAGAGAGGAAGAUGUUUGACUUUGUGGAGCCCCUGUUGGCGUUUCUUCAAGGCCUGUUCACCUACUAUCACCAUGGCUACGAGUUGGCAAAGGACUUUAACCACUUUAAGACCGAUCUUACCAUCAGUAUACAGAAUACAAGGAACCGUUUUGAGAGCACGCGGUCUGAGGUGGAGUCUCUGAUGAAGAAGAUGAAGGAGAAUCCUCAUGAACACAAGAGUGUCAGUCACCACACCAUGGAGGGCUACCUGUUUGUUCUGGAGAAGCGCUCGUUUGUAUCUACUUGGGUGAAAUACUACUGCACAUACCACCGUGAGCCCAAGAAAGUCACCAUGGUCCUGUUUGAUCCUAAAUCUGGGGGAAAGAUAGGUGAGGAGGAGAGCUUCAUCCUCAAAUCGUGCACCAGGAGGAAGACGGACUCAAUAGAAAAGAGAUUCUGUUUCGAUGUGGAGGCUGUGGACAGGUCGGGUGUGAUCACCAUGCAGGCUCUUUCAGAAGAGGAUCGCAGGUUGUGGAUGGAGGCUAUGGAUGGGAGAGAACCGGUGUACAAUCUCAACAAAGACAACCAGGCUGAGGGCAUGGCCCAGCUGGAUGUGGUCGGAUUCAACGUGAUGAAAAAAUUCAUCUAUGCGGUAGAGACUCGAGGUAUUGAUGAGCAGGGCUUGUACAGAAUUGCUGGCGUCAACUCCAAAGUACAAAAGCUAUUGAGCUUGGCUAUGGAUCCUAAAACGUGUGCUGACGUAGAGUUGGAAAGUCCAGAGUGGGAGAUCAAAACAGUAACAAGUGCUAUCAAGCAUUAUCUCAGAGUGCUGCCUGCUCCUCUCAUGACGUAUCAGUACCAGAGGAGCUUCAUCAAAGCUGCCAAGAUGGACAGUCCAGAAGCCAGGGUGACUGAGAUCCAUGCUCUAGUGCACCGGCUGCCUGAGAAGAACAGGCAGAUGCUGGAGCUGUUGAUGAAACACUUGGCCAACGUGGCCAGUCACCACCAGCAGAACCUGAUGACUGUUGCCAAUCUGGGUGUGGUCUUUGGUCCAACUCUGCUCCGCCCACAGGAGGAAACGGUGGCAGCCAUCAUGGACAUCAAGUUCCAGAACAUUGUAGUGGAAAUCCUCAUAGAGCACCACGAGAGGAUAUUCAUGGACAUGCCAAUUUCUGUCGGUGGUCCCACCAACAUGCAGCUGAACAUGUCUAGGAAAAGUGCUGAGAGCAAAGCCCCAUCCUGCAGUGAGAGGCCUCUCACACUCUUUCACACACCCACACAUUCCCAGAAAGGUGAAAGGGGGAACAGUGUUGGAAACGCCACGGCCACUGACCUGCAAAACCCAGUUUCUUCUUCUGCCAACUGUAACAGCAGCAGCAGCAGCAGCAACAGCAGCAGCAGCAGCAGCCAGGGUCGAACUCCGAGACACAGCCUGACCAGCAACGAUGGAGAGCCGGAUGGCCGGCAGAUCCGACCCAGCUCACUGUUGAACCCAAAGAUCCGCAGCAGCAUUCCAACCAGUGCAACAUCUCCCAGUCCCACCUCGCCACGUUCUCCCUCCUGGCCAAUGUUCUCUGCCCCUUCAAGCCCGCAGCCAGUGUCCUCCGCCUCCAGUGACUCUUCUCCUGUCAGUAUCACUGGCAGAAAGGCUCAAGCGCUGUAUGCCUGUAAAGCAGAGCAUGACUCUGAGCUGUCCUUCAUCGCUGGGACCAUUUUUGAGAACGUUCAUGCUUCCAGGGAGCCUGGCUGGUUGGAAGGGACUUUGGAUGGUCGAAAAGGACUGAUACCAGAAAACUAUGUGGCGUUUCUAUAGUCCAGGCCUGACAAAAGAAAGUCAUCCGGACUGAUCUGGCCAUGAUAGAACCAGAUUCCACUGCACAAAACUCAGCCUAUUAAAUAUUAUAUUACGAUGGAUUGGACUGUUGUUUAUUUGCUCUUGAUUUGACUAUAUUGGGAAACGAAACUGGACCAAGAAGAACCAUAUCAAACGGAUUUGACAGAGGAACGAAAAAUAACGGACCGACGGGGGACAGCCCUAAAUUUCACUGGAAGAAAAGACUGGCUGUCACUGGAUUUUUGUGGGUGGCUUUCAGAGUUGUGGUGACGAGGAUGUGGGAAUAUGCGUGAAAGAAAGAAUUGUAGCUGGAGGUGAGAGAAAAUGAUCUGUAUAGAUGAGUUUAUAUUUUUAAGCUGAAGCUUGUUAUUUUCCUUUUCUUUAUUUUCAUCUGCACUGCCACUGCUUCAGCAUCUUUUAUUUUCAUCAGGAAGAUACAGAGAACUUUUUGCAGUGUAAAUGACAGGGAACACGAUAAAGAUCAAGUACCCUUCAGCAUUAAACCUGCUUCCCCACCUCCUCAUUAAUUGAUUCAUUGUUAAAGCCCUUGGGAAAUUAGACCUGUCAAAACAGACUGAAGUGAUUGGGUUUGGUCGUACAGCUCUAAAUGUAUUUGUGAGCACUGGUUGCAGCAGUUUGGUAAUUCAUGGUGACAAGACUCAGCCUGGCUAAUGUUUCAAAGCUCCAUUUAAACAGCAGGGCCCUCAGGGCAGAUCAGCAGCAGAUGAGAUUGCCUCAAACGGUUCGCCGAAUGGUCAGCAUUAGCGUUCAUGUUUAUAAUGCUUCCCCCUGUAGAGCCCUCUCAAAAAAAUGUGAAAAAUUUCAAACAAGUUCCACAAACAGAUCAUAAGUUUACAAUGAAGUGUAGGAGUAGCAGCUAAAUCCUGCUGGUUAAAACAAGCCAAGCUGCAAGGCCUCACUGUGUGGAGCCAUGAGUCAUGUUUGCACUAUGUCGCUCUAUUUCUUGGAGUUGUAAUCAACCUGGAAGUUGUACGUUUUACAAUGUGCAGAUUUGGGUUCUUUGUAGAAGAGGAUUAAUCUCUACAGCACAGAGGGAGCUAACAAUGUCAUCUGAUCAACAACCACAGGGACUUUUUUCCCUUUUUUUUCAGUUUUUAUGUUAAAUAAAAUAAAAUUCAGAUAAAAUAGAUAGACAUUUGCAUUUGGAUUCAGAGCUUACAGCCAAGACUGAGGAGAAAAUAAAAGCUUAAAGGGUUUCAAAAGACUUAAAUACUUCAUUUUCAGAAUACUUCUUUAAUCUAUAUAAAAAGUCGGUCUACUUUACAGCUCCUUUCAUUUCCUGAGUGGAAGUUCUCCUUUUUCUUUGAACCAUCUGUGAAUGUUUUGAAAUUUUCUGAAAAAUAAAUCUGCUUAUUUUGUUGAACGUUAAUAAUUCUUUUACAUUUUUUGCAUUUUAAACAUGAAAAUCAAAUGGGAAAGUUAAAAAAAAAAAAAAAAAAAAAAAAAACUUAAAUGUGAAAUGAGACUACUUUGUUCAUAUCUAAACUUAUUUAUAAGACUUAAAGGCAAAAUCUUGGUUUAUAUGCAUUUGAGGUGUUUUAUUGGUCUUGUAAAUAAAAUCAGCUUUUCAUGAGGUAUAAUUUUUUUCCAAGUAUGAAAUUUUAUAUUUUGUAUUUUUAGGAUACUAACUUAAUUUCUUAAUUCCAUCUUUGUUGCCAGAUUUUUUUCUUUCUUUUUAUGAUUUCAAGUCUAUCCACAGCCUUAAAUAAUCUUGCAGAUGUUUUGGUGAAGGAUUGUACAGAAUUAAAAAUAAAUCUUAUAUGGCUGUUUUGAUUUUA